AUGCAAACUGUUUUGCUUCUUCUCUCCCUUUUCUUUUUCUUUCUUUCUUUCUUUCUUUCUUUCUUUCUUUCUUUCUUUCUUUCUUUACUUUGCAUUCUUUUCAGGCAUUCUUACUUUUCUUCUUCUUCUUCUAAACCGUCAACUAUGUUAUUCUCUUCUUCGUUCUCAUCGCCAGAAAAAAAAGAAGAAAAAAAGACUUUCUUUCUCUUCUACAAACCAACUCAUAAUGACGGCUAUCCUUCUCAUUACUUUAUUUACUUCUUUUUUCCCAAAUAUUUCUUCUUCUUCUUCUUCUUCUUCUUCUUUGUUUAUUUUACCUGUGACUUCUCUUUCUUCUUCUUUUUCUUCUCCUCCUUCUUUUUCUACUACUACUACUACUACUUCGAUACCUUAUUCCUUUAUAAUCUCGUCUGUUUUCAUCGGUUUUCUUUUUCUUCACUCCUCGUCCAAAUGGUUAUAUUCUUCUUGGUAUUCUUUGAUUUUCUAUCUUUUCCAUUCCCCCUUAUUUCUUCUUCUUCUUCUUCUUCUUCUUCUUCUUCUUCUUCUUCUUUUUUUUCUUCUUCUUCUUCUUCUUCUUCUUCUUCUUCUUCUUCUUCUUCUUCGAAAUUUCCCUUACUCUUUUAUCUUGCCCGUUUUCUUCUUUCUCCGUGCGCAAAAUCCAUCUGCUGUCUCUCCAUCUCCCCACCCGGUACUCCCCUCAGCUACAUCCAACACCCCCCCCACCAGCCGCACCCACCCAGACACUCAUUUCCUUCGACUUGUUCUUCAGUACGCCAUGCAACGAAGCCUUUUUUCCGUGGCCGCCAUCGUUGA